CAAAGAAUAGUUCUUCAGCUUCGGCCUGGAAAGGAACAGAGUUUCACUGUCCGCUUCAAACGGGCUGAGGGUUAUCCUGUGGACCUCUACUACCUCAUGGACUUGUCCUACUCCAUGAAGGAUGACCUGGAGAAUAUCAAGCAACUGGGAAGUGACUUGAUGGCUGCCCUGCGUGAAGUUACUACCUCAGUGAAGAUUGGAUUUGGUGCCUUUGUGGACAAGACCGUGCUGCCUUAUGUGAAUAUGGUUCCUUCCAAGCAGAAACAUCCCUGCCAAAUCCCAAAGGAGAACUGCCAGCCGGCUUUCAGCUAUAGGCAUGUGCUUGCUCUGACUGAGAACGCCAGUGAGUUUGAAAGCAGGGUUGGUCAGCAGCACAUCUCAGCCAACCUGGAUGACGCAGAAGGAGGCUUUGAUGCUCUCAUGCAGGCAGCCGUUUGCAAGGAGCAGAUUGGCUGGCGUAAUGUGACAAGUCUGCUGGUUUUCACUUCGGAUGGCACUUUCCACACUGCAGGGGAUGGAAAAUUGGCGGGGAUCCAUAUGCCCAAUGACGGCCGCUGCCACCUGGAUGCCAAUGGUGUAUACAGCAAAAGUCACCUCUAU